AUUGUGUUUAGCACCCGCAUAUUUUCAAAACCACCGAGUAGCCGUUUCGUUCUUUCUUUGCUUCUAAAGCUUCCCAAACAACCGACUCGACGCACAUCGACGCCAUGAAUCUUAGCUAUGAACAGAAACUUCAAGUCGUUGCCAAAAUCAUACUAGACGAUGAGGCACGCGCCGGCGACGUGCCGUCGUGUGAGGAAGAGCUCGGGCUCAGGGCGACUCUCAAGCCGCACCAGGUGGAAGGGGUUUCCUGGCUAAUACGGAGGUACAAACUCGGCGUCAACGUUGUCCUCGGGGAUGAGAUGGGACUGGGCAAGACUUUGCAAGCUAUCUCCUUUUUAAGCUAUUUAAAAGUGUGCCAGUUGUCUGAUGGGCCAUUUUUGGUUAUAUGUCCUCUAAGUGUGACUGAGGGGUGGGUCUUAGAGAUAGUUAAAUUUACCCCCAAACUAACAGUGUUCAAAUAUGUUGGUGAUAAAGAAAAUAGGCGCAAUCUACGCAUGAAAAUACAUGAACAUGUAGCAAGACAGUCAUCAACAAUCAAUCAGGUCUUGUUGCCUUUUGAUGUGCUAUUGACUUCAUAUGACAUUGCACUGGUGGAUCAGGAUUUUCUUUCUCAAAUACCAUGGCAGUAUGCAAUCAUUGAUGAAGCUCAAAGACUUAAAAAUCCGUCUAGUGUAUGUUGAAAAAACUAUUAAAUGCCUUAUGUUUGGCGGUGUUCAGUAAAAAUAUGCUUCUGUAUAUAAAACUUGUUUAAUUACAUGU